ACACUCAGGGCGCCGGCGGCCGCGGGUUCCUCCCCGCUGGCGACACCCAGCGCCGAGCGCGGGGAGGGGGCGGCGGAGGAGGGCCCGGGCGUUGCGGCGGGGCCGCGGCGGGGGUAUAUGGCGGUGUCUCUGUCCGCCCUGGCUGCCAGGCUCUCCCAGUCGGCCGCGGCCAGGUCGUAUGGCGUGUUCUGCAAGGGGCUGACCAGAACCCUCCUCAUUUUCUUCGACCUGGCCUGGAAGCUCCGCAUCAACUUCCCGUACCUCUACAUCGUCGCCUCCAUGAUGCUCAACGUGCGGCUGCAGGUCCAUAUUGAGAUCCACUAAUUUGUCAGUUGUGCUGCUUGCACUAUUUGGAGUCAAUCGUGUUCUUCUUCAAGCUCGUUCUGCUGUGAAACAGCAAAGCUGUGCUCGUCUUCUAUAGGAAUAUGAAGAAAGAAUAUUUAAACCUGGAAAGAGUAUGUGAUGGUGGCCAAGAUCAUCACAAGGCAGCAGCUCACCUGGCACACAUACAUUCCAUACCGAACAACUCUCAAAAUCAUAGUAGCAGUUUACAGAAAGAAUUACUUUAUUUUAACAUCAGGAAUUGUUCUCUCUUUAAUAAUAUACCUCUGCCUUACGUUGGCUCGGAAAUGCCUUUGAGUUUGAGCGAAUCAGCAGGGAGAAACUCAAAUGUAGCGGCUCUGUGGAAAGAUUCAUUGUGUCUUUGUUUUUCUUCUGGGAAAGAGAGGCUUGGUGGGGUUUCUCACUGCAUUAAUAGCAUUUCAGUAAUGAGCUGGCUGGAGAAAGCUUGUAAUUUUGCUGGAGACUUUAGCUUGUGCUGCCCAGGAGACAACACUGUAUAUUUUGCACACGUGUGGCUGGGAAAGUUGCAGUGUAAUCAAGAACUGCAGUUUCUGGAAUUAGAAGCGAGCAGCAUCAUAGGGGAUGAAUUGCAGCUUGUGCGUCCUGGAGAGCUGGAGUUGGGUGGACCUGAUCUCUGUUCUGUUCCAGUUGCCUCGCUGAAUGGUUUUACAAUGGGACUCCUAAACAACUGUAUUUUUCCUUGUUACUUAAACCUUGUUACUUCAGAGCAAACACUUGGAUAUAAGAAAAUGCUUUCAGAUGUACUAUAUGUGACUAACAGUUUUCACAUCAUACAGCUAGUAAUGUCUGUGCUAGCUUUUGCACUAGCAGGUCUCUGUUAUGAAGUAGUGAAGGUAAAAGUGUACUAAAAUUUUAAUAAUUAUGAUUUUAAAUGUUAAUAGGAACUUAAUUGAGAGACAGAGGCAAGGUUACAGUUCAGGUUUUAGUGAUAAGUAGAUAGCUAAAGUAAAAAUUGCAUUUGUGUAAUUGCUAGUAAAACUGGCUGUUGGGAAUAAUAGGGACUUUUUUUUAGUACAGAAUAUCUGCCUUUGAGUGGGAAGAACUUCUUAAUCUCAAAACUUCUGGGGACACCUCAGGUGUGUCCCAUUAACACGAGAGUAGAACUCGGUUUGACUGUUUAACACAGAUCUUUUGUUUUCUUAAGAUUUUGUAUUUGCUGAGUACUCUGGCUACUGUUUACAACCGUUUCCAGUGAAGCUACUGCUUAUAGAACUGAAUUCCCAGCAUGAAAUCAACUCUAAAGUAUCAGUCCUUAAAACACUUUGAAUAGGAAAGCCAUCGGGGUGAUGGUUUUCAGUACAGCACAGCUCUCUUCAGUGGUCCUUUUCAAGAGUGUUACUGCUCCAACUUGUACAGGAAUUUGUUAGCUCUGUUGGGCUACAAUAGGCAGUAUAAAUAAUUUCUAACAAAAAUUCCUUGAAACAGCAAUUGUUAUCACUGAAGCAUAAGUAAUCAUUUCUGGGCCUGUUGACUUUGGCACAGACUUCUGAUAACAGGAUUUAGCAAAGAAUGGAGAAAGCACGUUGAAAUCAAUACAGCUGCUUCUGAAUAUGAAAUUGUAAAGUAUGUUCCCAUGGACACGUCAGUGGAGAAACUCAUUGUGCAGAAGGUCAGAGUUUGAACUUUGUGUCCAACAUUCUCAAUGAAGGGAGUUUUGUUAUAGGUAGGUUCAGUGUGCUCUGUGGACUUGCCUGAAAAGGGAGGUGCUGAUGUGGCUGGUUAGCAUGUGUCUUCAGCUAACUCCUCACUCUGAGUCACAAGUAGGGAUUUAAUGGGGAUGAAACUCAUACCAGUGACUGACAGGCUAAGUGUCACUUUUGCUAUCUAACUUACUUCACUUCAAAGCAGAUGUGGUAUUUAGUUUCAACUGCAUUCAUCUGAAAAGCUAGGCGUGUUUCUAAUUCUUAUUUUUAAACACACCAGCAUAGAAAAGUCCUUGACUAUGAAGGUGAGAUGCUGGUUAGCAGCAUGGUAGGGGGACGUGCUGGACUGACUUUACUGUAGAGCUGAGAGUCAGGUAUAGUAAUUCCUCUGUUACAUGGUGUGCUUUGUUUGUAUUAUCCCAACUGGCUGAUUAUUUCUUCUGGAUGUUAGAAGAAAUAAAAAGCCAUUUGCUUUAAUUUAGAAAAUAACCUUUUCCCUCACGUGUUAAACUGUUAAAGUUUUAAGUGUUAAACUUCCAGACUUUUGGCUACGACUCCCAGUCUCAAAAUUACCAGAAGCUUUAAAGUAACAAUAGAUUGUGUACUGUAUGUAAAUAUCUUGACAGCAAUAGUUUCCUUCUAGUCAAACAGCUCGUCCUAUUCACUCCCAUCUCCACUACUGCAGUUUUUCACCUUUGCAGUGGUAGUACUGCUUUGUGAAUCAAGAUUGCUUAAGUAAAUAUGGAUCUAAAACCCCCAAAUAUAAGGCACAGAGACACUUUCCCCCAGAAGCCUGUAGCUUAUUUGAGUGAUGAUGUUAACGGUUGUCUGUAUGCAAAUGAAUCCCAAGAACAGCUGGCAGAGCUGUGGGUAAAGGGAUGAAGAUGGGGAAUGGAGCUGGAGCCUGUUAAAGCUGGCUUGGCUGCUUAAAAAAAUAGAAAUUGUGUAACUGCAACUUGAUUUCUCUCAGUAGCUGCACCAGUACAGAAAUACUCUUCCUGCGUGGUGGGCUGCCUUGGUUGUUUUUGUAAAGCUGUACUCAAACGCAGUCACAGCUGAUUGCUCAAACUUCCUAUGUAGAGAACCUAUAGCCUGGAAGAUUCCCUUCCCUGCUGUACAUCAUUUGGGAGCUACGUAUCUUUGGGAACCAGAGUUGCAUAAAACAAAAGUUUCUUAGUAUUAUAAUGUUAAUGGGCAAGAGGAAUAGCUAAAGGCAUAACAUUACCAAUGCAGUUUUUAACUUGUCUACUAUUAGUGAUCAUUUCAAAAAAGAAAAAAGGAAAAAUGAGGGAAGCCACUGGUAGAGUUAAAUGUGUGCACAGUGCAGUGCCAAGGGCUGUCUCGUUACUGAUAAGCCUAUGCAGGAGGGAAUCCUGAACCAUGCUACGUAUCACAGUCCAGGCAAUAUAGUCCUGUUUUAAGCAAAACUUGUAUUGAGUGGCCUUUAAUUCCUUGUUACCGGAUCACUUUAAAUACAGAUGCAAUGCAGUUAAGUGAUAUGAUGGGUUUUCAUGUAUUAUAUGUAUAUUGAACAUCAAAUUUAAAGAGUGUCUUGUGGAUUUCAUUCAUUUUUAAGAUAGGUUAUAGUACUUUGUCUUGGAUUUUAUUGCUUAAGUCCUAGAAGUUAACUUUCUAACUCGAAACAUUCCUUCUGAAAUUCAAAUAAAGGAUAAUUGUGAAGCUAAAAUCUCACGUAAUAUACUGCACUUUAAGCUCAGGAAGGCCAUAAAUAGAAAGCACUAUUCUUGCACUGAUAGAACUGUUUCACUGGUGGAGACAAUGCUCAAAUGGAUUUUUUUUUUUUCUCCUUCUUUAGGGAAGAACAGUAAGCCAGAAUGAUAUCUGUCCUUUGUAACUAUAUAUAAGUAAAACACAGUGUGUGGUUUAGGCCACUGUUCUCCCCACAAAUGUUUUGACAUUAACUCAGAAGAUGGAAAAUGUCUCAGCUAAGAAUCAGGUUUGCAUGGAGUUUUGUGGCCUCAAAAAGUCAGGUGUGGAACUGCUUUUCUGAGUGCGUGUGGUGUUAGGGUUGUUUUGGGAUGAUUAUAGUACAGAAAGAUAAGAUUUAAAAGGGGCAGGGGAUCCUUAAACUGAACCAGGAGUUGCCUUUUUACUUCCCGUUCUCACGCCUUGCUGUUCUGUUGCUGCUGUAAAGGGGUAUUUGUGCUGAACAACUCCUGCUCAUUGAAGGGUCAUUGAUCAGCGUCCAGAUCCCUCCUGCACUGCAUAGCAAAGAGUUCUUCCUGCCAUUAGAAGACUAAUUAAGAAAAUAUUAAGUAUUUAGAUUAAUUGCCUGAUACUUUCCCUCAAACAUACGCUUAAUGGAAGUUGACUAUAUGGUGUACUGCUUAAAAACAGAAAAUACACUUUUAAAUGUGUGUGCACAGAACUCUGCAUGUGGGUAAAAAAAAAAAACCUAUUAUCACAGUAUGAUGUUGGAAUGCUUAUGUAAACUAUUAUUUACUUUCUGGCAUUACAAUGCAAAAUGAAGUAGAGGUGGUGGUGUAAUUCUCAGUGUGGUGACAGACAGUGCAAUCUUAGGAAUCGUGUGCAUUGUCUUGUGCCACGAGACAGUUGGAACUGUAGGUAGCUUUCAGCCUUUUGCUUUCUCAGUGUUAUCGUUUGGUGGGUUUUUUUAGGACUGUAAAGACUGCACUUUCUUAACCUUUGCCAAAGUUUGCCUUUUUUCUCCUCCCUUAUCCCUCCUUAUGUAUGCGUAUACAUGUGCUAAAAGUGUACGUUCUUUUCCUUUGUGGAAGAAGUCUGUCCCUACUUGCCCAACAUGUCAGCUGAUCGCCAGGUUUUUUGUUUGGUUUUUUAAUUAUGGCCUGGUCCUACCUGUAACUGCCUUCUCCUCCCUUCCCAUAAACUCUAACAUAAGCAUAUGCUGAAAUUCUGUUCCUUUUCAGAAACACUCCCCUGCAAUUAAUUAUGAAUAAGAAAUUGACAGAAACCAUGUAGAGAUUUCAGUAUCCACAGGGUGACUCGGCUGUGUGACAAGCGGUGUAUCUGGCAGAGCAAUAGGGAGCCAGCAGGAUGUUUUCCUGCUUUUUCCCUUCAAAGCAAGAUGUAUUACCUCUGUCACAUGAGAACUGCAGCUGCAAUGUAGGGCUCAUCAAAUACGUUGUGGCUGAUGUUUAGAAAAGCAACAAUUCCAGCUUCAAGGCUGAUUUUUUUUAAGUCAAUAUUAUAACUUUCUGAAAAAAAAUCUUGCAUGAGGUUUUAAGAGUACGUUCAAGAGUGUGCAUUACAAAGUGCAUCCUGGUGCUGCUUUCUGUGAUGCACAGCCUAACCAGGGAAAAAGGAACUUCUUAGGAUUGUUUUAAAUACUUGUGAUUAAUCCCCUCUUGAGAUCUCAGACUACAAAGCCUCAAUCCCCAGUGAAGAGCUGCACUUGACAGAACUUUCAGAUAAACAACUUGUUUGUGGAAAUAUUAAUAUUGAUGAUCAGCUCGUAUACUGAAUGCAAGGACAUGGGUAAACUGCCUGCUGACAGUUGUUGGGAGAAUAAAUAAUACGGCAGUGUUAGAAUGACGCUAUCCUCCUUUACUAGCCUGCAUUAAGUUAACCCUUGUGAAGUGAAAUGAAUUCUGUGCUGCAUUCCAAAGGCUCAGUGGCCUCGGUCUCUUUGGAACUGGUCACACAAGAGUCAGAUCAAGUAAGCAGUUUCUUCAUUGUUAGUGGGGAAAUCAAAUUGAAAACUUCAACGCUUAAAAAAAAUUAAUAAUAAUGGCCUGAGAGACUUGUGUGAAGAGUAUGUGCCUUGACGUGAUGCUGGGUACUUCUGUCAUCUCAGUGUAGUCUGCUUUGAACAUCUUCCUUCUUUAUGGAAGAGCCACAUAGUUAGAAUGCGAUGCCCAAAACUGGCUAAAAAUCAGUCCUCUACAAGUAGCGGUGUGCUUUGGGCUUCUGGUUGUAGUCAGUUUCACCCAUUCAAUACAUAAAUACCUGAGUGUGAUACAUUUUUGUAGGUAAAUCAAUGCGUAGUGCCUGACCCAUCGGUGGAUGAGUUUUCCAUCGGCUUUCUUGGAAAUGGGCUGUGCUCCCUGCUGCUGACUAACACUAAUUGUAACUGCUGACACUGUAACACUUCCUGCAAGCUGUGAUGUUACCCGUGCAAAACAAUUUCAGUCUAUAGUCUUUGGCCUAAUUCUUUUUUUUCCAUGUGGGAGACAGAGAAGGUUGGCACAAACCAUUUUAAUGUGUGUUCCAGAGAAAAAUGUUUACAGCUUUGUAUGUAUUUUAGAAAUCCAACGCUUUUUAAGUUCCGAGUUUCCACAGUAAGCUUGAAAUCUGUUGUCCUACUGCACUAAGUUCAGGCGUUUGGUUAUUAGAGUGCUGUCUGAGCUUCCAGAAGCUGGUUGUGAUGCUGCUCACUUACACCACAGGAGGGAGUUGAACAUCUUUCCAAUAUGUUCAGUUAUGGCAUUGUUUUAUCUUAGUAUGGUGCAUUUCAGUUCAUAAAUAUGCUGAAUUUGACUGGUCUUAUGGAUUGUCACUGCAAAUAGUUUGAUGUACAGAAUUAAUACACAGCGGUAACUUACUGUAAAUGUUUACAUUUUAACUCUGAAUACCAACUGUGGGUUUUAUCAAGCUAUUUAAAAGCAGAAAUAAAUGUCUUUAAAAAAAAGGA